AUGAUCAGUGUAAUUGGGCAAAAAUCGACUUCUCCUGCAAAUUUAGUCGUUAGUGGCUUCUUCUCCGCGGCCUCCGACUCCCAGAGGUUGGCCGGCAAGGUGGCCGUCAUCACCGGCGGCGCCAGCGGCAUCGGCAAGGGGACGGCCACGGAGUUCAUCAAGAACGGCGCCAAGGUCAUCAUCGCCGACAUCCAGGACGACCUCGGCCACUCGGUGGCGGCGGAGCUCGGCCCGGACGCCGCGUACACGCGCUGCGACGUCGCCGACGAGGCGCAGGUCGCCGCGGCCGUGGGCCUCGCCGUUAAGCGGCACGGCCACCUCGACGUGUUCCACAACAACGCCGGCAUCGCCGGGAGGCUACCAGGGCGGCGCUCGCCGCCGCCGUCAAGCUAGCACGCCGCGCGCGCCAUGGCGCCUCGCCGCACGGGCCUCAUUCAGAACAUAAGUAGGCCCGAUCAAGCAUGAGGCCCAAGUAGAACCCACUACUCUCAAAUACAUGGCAUUCGGCGAGCAAGGAAAAUUAACCAACAGUUCGUAAUCAGGUUGAACUUGAACACGUCUGAAAUUUUGGUCUGUGUUCUUUACUUAGUGUUUCCAACUUCACUGUACUCGUUUUUCACACGCACACUUCCCAAACUGCAAAACGGUGUGUUUUUCUAAAAAAAAUUUAUAUAGAAAAAUUGCUUUAAAAAUUCAUAUUAAUCCCAUUUUUAUAAUAUAUAGCUAAUACUUAAUUAAUUAUGCACUAAUAAAUCGCUAUGUUUUUAUGAGCCCCCAACUCAGUUUGCCGUCCACUUUGUGAGGGCAAUAAAUAAAUAAAUAAAAAUCCGAUUUAACCUGAUCUAAAACAAACCAUACACCUAUUUUACGUCUUCCAGAUUGGAGAGGAUGUUGUGCAGUAUGUGCCUUGUGGCCAUAUUUCUAGAUUACAGGACAAUAAUAUCCUGACUACACUGAACCCAUAAAUACAAACAAACAAAAAAACCAUAACCUUGUGACCAACUGAACAUGGUGAUGUAUAAACUACACAACUGACAGCGAUCUGCUUAGCCGCCUGGAAAAAGAACUAAGCAACUUUGAGUCAUUGCUACUUUGAUGUCAACGAAAGAGAGAGAGAACUAAUACAAGCAAUAGUGUUGCAUGUGUCUUACGUGUCACCGCCAUGUAUGAAAAUUGACGAAAGGUUCUUCGGAGUAAAAGAGGCGACAACCCAUCAAAUAAUUAAUCGAAUUCAGGACGAAUUGGGUUGUUGGAGUUUGGCCGGCGCAAAGCACAU